AUGAAUUCUGAUGGUGUCCAAUCACUAGACGAGCAGGAAAAUGCUGCAGUUCAGAUUGACCCUCAGAUGGAAACAUCAUACUAUGAUGAUAUUGAUCAACUUAAGAAAGAAAAUGCAGUAUUGAAAUCUCAACUUGAGCGUGCAUGCAAUAAUACUUCAGAUAUCGAAAACCUUCAUAAAGAAAAACGUGAAUUAACAAGUAAAUUAAUGGAAGCAAAUCAAAAAACCAAGUCUUUACAAUCAAGAUUGAAAAUUGCUCAACAAAGGAAUCAAGAUCUCGAGAAAAAGAUAAACUCAUACGGACUUCAAAUAACUAACUUAAAUAAUGAUAUAGAUAAAAAGAAUAAAGAGAUAACUGACUUACAAUCAAAUGUUGCUGAGCUAAAUAUCAAAGAAGCUAAUGCCGCCAAGGCCAAAAAUGAAUUAGCAACAUUCUUUACAGAAUUCUCUUCGAUUGCUGAUCAGAAAUUACAGAGUUUUCAGCAAGUUUUAACGUUUUAUAAAUCAAUAAUGCAACAACAUCAAUCAGAAAUUGAUGAUUUGAAUAUAGAGCAUCAGGAAUCCGAACAAAAUAUCGUUAUGACAUUAAAGCAAGUCGUAAAGAAAUCAAAGAAAUUAACAAAAGAUAACGAACUUCUAAAUGAAAACAAUCAGAAGCUUCAUCAGCUUAUAGAUACUGCCAAAGGAGCUAUUGAUACUACAGAAGAUCAAAUUCAAAGACUUGUUGAAGAAAAUUCCAAUUUGGAAGCUAAAUUAGAAGAAAGUGCCUCACAAACAACUGCAUUACAGCAUGAAAUAGAGUCAAUGAAGUCGAAAUUAGAACAAGAACAACAAAAGAAUGCAGAUGAAAUUCAGAAAUAUCAAGAACUCUUAAAUAUGAGAGAUUCAAGGAUUGAUGAACUCAAGAACAUCAUGAAUAGUCCAGAGCAAACAGGUGCUACUCGUAUUAACGAACUUGUCCAAGAAAAUACUCAAUUAAAGAUAAAUCUCAACAAUUUGAGCGACCAAAAGAAGCAAUCCGAUGAAUUAGAGAAGAAAGUCGAGCUCAAACUCCGUCGAGCACUUAAUAAAAUCAACAGCCAGAAAGCAGAAAUUGCAAAAUAUAAGAAACAUCUUCAUAAUUUCAGUAAAGAAAAAAUUUGUUCGACGGAAAAUACUUUAAAGAAGGAAAUCGAACAAUUAAACCAACAGAAUGGCAAGUAUGCCAAAGAAAUUGAUAGUUUAAGAACCCAACUACAAGCAGCCGAAGCAGCACACGUUGAAGGAGAAUCUGCUUAUAAUGCAGUGAAAAAUGACAAUGAAAGAUUGAAGAAUUCUAUCCAAAGUUUAGAGAAUUUGAUCAAUAACCAAAGAAACGAGAUAACAUCAUUAACAAACCAACGCAACAGAUUGUUCCAGUUAGGACAGAAGUCUAUCCAAACUUUGUCUAAAUGCGAAUUAAACGCAAAGAACAAUCAACAAAAAAUUAAUGAAUUAUCUCAAAAAUUACAAAAGCCAAAAUUCUCUCAAAGACCAACAGAGUUCAAUACAACAACUACAGACUCUUGCCUAUUAGCAGCAAUGUCACAGAGCUUGAUACCCCUCAUUGAUGCACCUGCAAGAGAUAAAUUGAACUCAAUUUUGGCUGAUUUCAAAUUGACACCUUUUGAAAGGUCGAAAUUAGCAUUCAAAGAGAUUUCUGAUAUGCUCAAACAGAGCAAACAGAAUGCUGAGAACCAAGAACAGAACAAACAACAAAAUCAAUCAAUUUCUAACAUCCAAAGUUUGUUAGAAGGUAUGAUCCGUGGUUUCUCUGUUAUUCUUGGUGCAAAAACAAAUGAUGAUAAUGCUGCAGGAUCAAUAAACAUUCCACGUGAUUCAGCAUUGAUUGAUUUCAUUGCAGAGAAAACUGCACAACUUGAACUCAUUUUACAACAGAAUGAAUUAUUGAAUCCACAAUUUGUUUCUCUUGAUUUCUUAUUCACAGGAUCAUUUGAAGACAGAAGAAGAUCAUUACAAGAAUUCGCUUGCCAAGGAUGGGACAAUCGCACAACAUUUGAUAUGUUCUGCUUGCAAGCUCUCGUUAACACAAGUCUUUCCAAUGAAUUGUCUGCAGUGAGAAGUGUUGUUGAAACUCAGAACGUUCAAUUAGAACAUAUCGAACAAAUUCUUGGUACAAGUGAUCCUGAUUUUGUUCACGAAUCACUUGAGAAUAUUGAGAAGAAGAUAAGGAAACUCAAGGCCAAGAACAAAUCUCUUAAACAAUUUGCAUUGCAGAUGCAAGAAGCUGCAGAGAAAAUUGAUGGAAAUGCAAACCUUCGAUCAAUUAUCGAUGAAUUGAAGAAACAAAUCGAUUCUCAAGUCCAAGAGCUUGAAAAGAGAAGUCAGACAAUACAGAACUUAGAGAAAGAGAAAUCAGAGAAACAGGCAACAAUUGAAGCAAGAGAAGCAGAAAUUGCUAAUUUGAAGAAUGAAAUAAGACAAACACAAUUCGACCACAGAGCUGAAGUUGCCCAAUUCGAAAAAACAAUUUUCCAAAGCAACCAAGAAGUCAGAGAAGCUAAUAUGAAAGUCAGUCAAAGCUCUGUUGAGUUCGAAGCUAAACUUCAAGAACAGAAGAAGAUAGCUGAAGACGACAGACAACGAGAAAUUGCUAAACAAGAGAAAUUAGAACGCCAAAUUUUGUCAUUGAAAGAAAAAAUCAGAAAAGCCGAUAUUGCUGCAAAGCAAAGAGAAAAUGAUUACAGUAAAGAAGCUCAGAAACUUGUCGAAGUUCAGAACCAAUUGAAGCAGAAACUUACUGACUCAAUCGAGAGUCUUAAGACACAAUCUGCAGAGAACCAGGAAUUACAGAGAAAGUUGACAGAAUCAUUGAGGAUUAAUGAAGGAAAGGCUCAAGAAAUGAUGAAAGAAAUUUCUAAAUUGACCGCAUCGAAGAAAGCAGCAGAAGUUCAGAUACAGUCUUUGCAAGAUCAGAUGAAGAGAGAAGCAGAUCUCAUUGCUUCUCAAUAUAACUUCAAAUCUGUUGCCCAAGAAACGAAACGUCAAGAAGAGAUUGCAGAACUCAAAGCCAAUUUCGAGAAGGAGAAAAACGCUUUGAUUAUCGAUGUUUUGGAAGAAUUCAAUGCAUUACAGUCUCUGGGUGAAGAAGAAAUUGACGAAUCUACUUUCAUGUCAACUAUACGAAAGAUUGCUGGUGAAUAUCGUCGUGUUCACGCAUAA